AUGGGUCUUCCUGGGAUUCAGACAUGGCCGUGGAUGCUAUGUGCCCUCCUAAGUUGGGUGCAUGUGGGUCAAGCGAGUCCAGGACCGCAUUACAUGGUAGCCAUUCCUGCAGUUCUUGAAGCUGGAGCUGACACCCAAUUCUGCGCAAGUCUCCUGCAGCCCAACGAAACUUUGCUCAUGACCAUCACUCUGACCUCGCAAGCAGAAAACAGAACCCUGCUCACGGAGAAAGCUGACACAGAUCUUCACACCUGUGUUAAAUUUAAGGUUCCUAUGGUGCAGAAUCAAGAGGUGCGGAAUUUGGAGGUAGAGGUUCAUGGCAAGACCUUUCAUUCAAAAGAAAUCAGGAAGGUGAUGAUCAGAGCCUAUAGUCCCAUGACCUUUAUCCAGACGGAUAAACCAAUAUACCUCCCAGGACAAACAGUCCAUUUCAGAGUAGUUUCAAUGGACACCAAGUUCAGACCCUCCAAUGAGUUGUACAACAUCAUUGAAAUUAUGGACUCUUCAAGAAACCGGAUUGGACAGUGGCUGAACACUUCGUCCAAUGGUAAAAUAGUGCAGCUCUCUUAUUCCUUGAGCUCUGAGGCCCCUGAAGGAGGCUACCAAGUUAUUGUUUCGAUUGCUGAAAGGAAAAUAUAUCACAGAUUCAAGGUUGAGAAAUAUGUUUUGCCUAAAUUUGAUGUAAAGAUCAAGGCACCUGAAGAAAUAAGCAUUGUGCAGGAGGAAGUCGAAGCUGAAAUAUGUGGAAAGUAUACAUAUGGACAGCCAGUGCCAGCCAACGUUCACUUUGAGGUGUGCCGGCCCCUUCAGCGUCAUCAUAUGAGCUUCACUGUUACCUCUGCAGAUCCAGAGGGAGGACCUGACAUAACUGCCCCUUGCUAUCAUGAGACAAAACAGACAGAGAAGACUGGCUGUGCUACUUUUACCUUCAAAAUGUCAACUUUCACAAGACUUGACCAAAAGGUGCUGACAGAUAAACUGUACCUUAAAGCCAAAGUGGAAGAGGAGGGGACAGGUAUUAUACGCACCCAAGGGCAAACAAUAUCACUUUCUUAUAUCGUUGGAAAACUAUCCUUUAUUGACACCCCCAAGCUAUAUGAACAAGGAUCAGUUGUGGAAGGAAAAGUUAAAGCAGUUCACUUCAAUGAAGCCCCCAUUCCUGACUAUUCAGUCUACCUGUUUGAGGGUAACAGGUGGUCAGCACGUCGCUUACAAAACCUCACGACUGACAGAAAUGGUGUUGCCUCUUUCUCACUGAGCACAUCCGACUUCAGAGGGGACAUCACACUACACGUUGGUGCCAAACCGGCUAUGGACUACGAUGAAUAUAGGACUCCACACUAUGAGUCAGGGACACACACCCUGUCAUUGGUCCAGGCCUCCACACCUGAUACUGCAUCAGUCAGCUCCCUGGAGGUGAAGAGAAACGACGAGACACCACUUCCUUGUGACAAAAAAGAGCCAAUCUCUAUCAAGUACACUAUAGCUGGAGAGACACAGAGCUCUGUGGAUGUGAUUUAUCUGAUCUUAUCUAGAGGUGUCAUUGUCAAGCAAGGACACAUGAAAGUCGAAGUGCAAGAUGAUCCAGUGACUUCUGGUGAGGUCUUCUUUGAGGUUGAAGUGUCUCCAGACAUGGCACCACUGGUCCAGGUUGUUGCAUAUGCUGUUCUUCCCAGUGAGACGGUGAUUGCCCACAGCGCUGACUUCUCGACCGAGAAAUGCUUCAGUAACAAGGUGUCGUUGGAGUUUAAACCAUCCUCAGCUGUCCCGGGAGAGGAAAAUCUCCUACAACUGUCGGCCAGUCCACACUCUCUGUGUGGCAUCAGUGCUGUCGACCAGAGCGUCCUCAUCAAGGAGUCAGGGAAGAAGCUGGAUGCAGACAAGAUGUUUGAUUUGCUGCCUGUGAAGAAAUUGUCCCAUAUUCCAUAUGAGGUUGAAGAUGCUACAUCAUGUUUGCCUGUGAGAACAAAGAGAUACGUUAUUCCAAGACCUGACAGAGACGACAAAGAUGCUUACACAGUUUUCCAGAAUUUGGGGAUGAAGAUGGCAACAAAUUUGGUUAUCAGAACACCUUCUUGUGUCAAGUAUAAGGGAAGAGAAUAUUACUAUGGCGGCAAUGGUAAGGGAGUAAUAUCUGAAUAUUAUCUGGUUUCUUCAGUUAUUGCUUAUAGACAUGAAAUCCACACAGUGGGUUCAGCAGGACCAGUUGGUUUUGGGAGGACUGCUGGAUCUCCUCCAGUGAUAGAAACAGUCCGCACUUUCUUCCCUGAGACUUGGAUAUGGGACCUUGUGGAUGUCGGAGAGACUGGAUCCAAGGAUGUGCCCCUCACUGUCCCGGACACCAUCACCACCUGGGAGACGGAGGCUUUCUGCUUGUCCCCUCAGGGUUUCGGUCUCGCUCCUCGUAAAGAGUUCACUGUCUUCCAGCCCUUCUUCCUCGAGCUCAGCCUGCCCUACUCCAUCAUCCGGGGGGAGCACUUUGAGCUCAAGGCAACCGUUUUCAACUACCUGACCAGCUGCAUCAUGGUGACUGUGACCCCAGCCCCCUCUGUAGAAUACACCCUCACCCCCCUCUCUGGUGACAAGUAUUCAUCCUGUCUGUGCGCCAAUGAACGCAAGACCGUCAGCUGGACGAUGGCACCCAGUGUCUUGGGGGCUGUGAAUGUGUCUGUGAGUGCUGAGGCUGUGACAUCUGAUGUUUCAUGUAACAAUGAGAUUGUGAGCGUACCAGAGAGAGGUCGCAUCGAUGUGGUCACACGCUCUCUCAUAGUAAAGCCUGAGGGAACUGAGGUCACAAAGGCCUACAACUGGUUGCUCUGUCCAAACGGAGAGACUUUGACAGCAGAAAAGGAUUUAGACCUGCCUGAGAACAUCAUUCCUGAAUCUGCACAUGGUUCACUGUCAGUCUUGGGUGACAUCUUGGGCCGGGCCCUCAGUAACCUGAAUGGGCUGCUGAGGAUGCCAUACGGAUGUGGGGAGCAGAACAUGGCACUCCUGGCCCCCAAUAUCUACAUCCUCGAAUACCUGACGAACACAAAUCAAAUGACCAAAGCCAUCAAGGAAAAGGCAACUGGCUUCCUGACCAGUGGUUACCAGAGGCAGCUGAACUACAAGCAUCAGGAUGGUGCUUACAGCACAUUUGGAUCAGGAUCAGGGAACACAUGGUUGACCGCUUUUGUGCUGAAAUCUUUUGUCAAGGCAAAGACUUUUGUCUAUAUCGACCCAGAAGUAAUUGAUCACUCCAAGACUUGGUUAGAGGGUAAACAGCAAGCCAAUGGCUGUUUCCAACAGUUAGGAAAACUCUUUAACAACAGGAUGAAGGGUGGAGUGAAUGAUGAAGUGACUCUCAGUGCUUAUGUCACUGCUGCUUUGUUGGAGGCCAAUAUGUCAGUGUCUCAUUCAGGGAUGAACAGAGGCUUGACUUGCCUCAAAGAGUCCUUCAGCAGUUUGAGCAACACCUACACUAGAGCUCUGCUGGCUUAUGUCUUCACCCUGGCUGGAGACAUGAAGACUCGUGCUCUCCUGCUGGAGCAGCUAGACAAGGAUGCUGUACGCCAAGGGGGUUUCAUCUUCUGGACUCAGAAGGCCACAGAGACACAGACAUCUGACUCUCUGUCUGUGGAGAUCAGUGCCUAUGUGCUGCUGGCCAAACUCAGUGCCUCCUCUACUUCUCGUGAAGAACUGGGCUCUGCCUCUGGCAUCGUCAGGUGGCUGGCCAGCCAGCAGAACUCCUAUGGAGGCUUCUCCUCUACACAGGACACAGUGGUGGCUCUUCAGGCUCUGGCUCUCUACUCUAGUCAGGUGUUUACUCCAGAAGGUUCAAGCUCAGUGUUAGCCCAGUCUCCCUCUGGCCAUCUGACGUUUGAAGUGGACCCGGACAACAAACUUCUCUACCAGGAGAAGCAGCUGAAGGAUGUGGCAGGAAAGUACCAGUUUGAGGUGAAGGGAACUGCAUGUGUGGCAGUGCAGUUGGCUCUUCAGUACAACAUCCCAGUUGUUACUGAUGACACCAGUUUCAGCAUCCAGAUUAAACCAGAAGCAGACUGUAGCAAAACAUCUCUGAGACCUAAGGUUAAUCUGAAACUAACGUCCCAAUAUAGAGGAAAAGAGUCUACAACAAAUAUGGUGAUUCUGGAUAUCAAAGUACUGUCUGGAUUUGUCCCAAACCCAGCAUCUUUGAAUAAUCUCAAGCGUGCUCUCCUGGUAGAUCGUGUUGAACAAGAAAAAGACCACAUCCUGAUUUACUUGAAAGAGCUAUUGCCGGGAAUACCUAUCAAUCACAACUUAGAGCUUGUGCAGGAGCUUCCAAUGCAGAACCUGAAGGCAGCGGUGGUCAAGAUCUAUGACUACUACCAGCCAAGCGACCAGGCUGAGACAGAAUACACCUACCCCUGUGCUGCAGCAUCUUGAAGAGGAACGAGAGACGUCACUGAC